AUGGCCUCAACUCCAGAACAACCUCUGGUUGAAAAGGAUUACUCAGAUGCUGUGUCCAGUGAGAAUGCUUCUGUCAAUGAGUACAGAGGCUUCCAGGGCCACGAGGGCGAAAUUCGCCAGUUGGCCAGAACCUUGACUCAGAACUCUGUGGGAAGUGACAAAUCCAAAUCGUCUGAGGGUCUUCUCCGUUACUUGUCGCACAUGUCGCAAGUUCCAGGUGUGCCUCCCUUUGAAGAUGGUGUGGAUGACACUUUGAACCCAGAGAGCGAGAACUUCAAUGCCAAGUUCUGGGUCAAGAACAUGCGCAAAUUGUAUCAGCUGGACCCAGACUACUACAAGCCUUCCAAAUUGGGUCUCGCAUACCGCGAUUUGAGAGCAUACGGUGUGGCUACUGACUCUGACUACCAGCCUACUGUCACCGAUGCUUUGUGGAAGAUGGCUGUGGAGGGUAUCCGUUCGCUUCGCAAGGAGGAUGAGAGCCGUUAUUUCGACAUCUUGAAGCCCAUGGAUGGCUACUUCAAACCCGGUGAAGUGACUGUGGUUUUGGGUCGUCCAGGUUCUGGAUGUUCUACGCUUUUGAAGACCAUUGCCUGUAACACAUAUGGUUUCCAUAUCGGCAAAGAGUCGAAGAUUUCAUACGAUGGCUUCACUCCAGACGAGAUCGCCAAACACCACCGUGGUGAUGUGGUGUACUCUGCAGAGACAGAUAUGCAUUUCCCUCACUUGAGUGUGGGUCACACCUUAGAGUUUGCCGCUAGAUUGCGUACUCCCCAAAACAGAGGUAACGUUUCUAGAGAAGAAUACGCCAAACACAUGGCGUCUGUGUACAUGGCCACAUAUGGUCUUUCCCACACCAGAAACACAAAGGUUGGAAAUGACUUUGUGCGUGGUGUCUCCGGUGGUGAGAGAAAGCGUGUUUCUAUCGCCGAGGCUUCUUUGAGUGGUGCUAACAUCCAAUGUUGGGAUAAUGCCACCAGAGGUUUGGAUGCAGCCACUGCAUUGGAGUUUAUUCGUGCUUUGAAGACCGCCGCAGCUAUUUUGGAUGCUACUCCCUUGAUUGCCAUCUACCAGUGUUCCCAGGAUGCAUAUGAUCUCUUCGAUAAUGUCAUUGUGCUCUACGAAGGUUAUCAAAUUUACUUCGGAAAAGCCGCCAGUGCUAAGGCGUUUUUCGAGAACAUGGGAUACGAAUGCCCUCAACGUCAAACCACAGCUGAUUACUUGACUUCUUUGACUAACCCAGCCGAGAGAAUUGUUCGUCCCGGAUAUGAGAAUAAGGUUCCUCGUACUGCUAAGGAGUUCUCUGACUACUGGCGUGCAUCUCAAGAGUACAAGGACUUGAUUGCAGGCAUUGACAAUUACAUGGCGGAGAUGGAGAAAGGUGAGUCGAAAGCAUUGUACAAGGAGUCGCAUAAUGCUAAACAGUCGAAGAACGUUCAUCCAGGUUCUCCAUUUACUGUUUCUUUCGGAAUGCAGGUGAAGUACAUCGUGCAACGUAAUUUCCUCAGAAUGAAAGGUGAUCCAUCCAUCCCUCUCUUUUCUGUCGUUGGUCAGGGUAUUAUGGGUUUAAUCUUGUCUUCUGUGUUCUAUAACUUGCAACGUGUUACCGAUUCUUUCUACUACCGUGGUGCAUCGAUGUUUUUUGCUGUUUUGUUCAAUGCUUUCGCUUCGUUAUUGGAAAUCAUGACUUUGUUUGAGGCUCGUCCUAUUGUCGAAAAGCACAAGAAGUUUGCGUUGUACCGACCAUCGGCUGAUGCCAUGGCUUCCAUUGUCUCAGAACUUCCUGUGAAAUUAGCCAUGUCGACCUUCUUCAAUUUCACCUUCUACUUCAUGGUGCAUUUUAGACGUAAUCCAGGACGGUUCUUCUUUUACUGGCUUGCAUGUGGUUUCUGUACUUUGUGCAUGUCCCACAUGUUUAGAUCAUUGGGUGCAGUUUCUACGUCCUUGGCAGGUGCCAUGACACCAGCCACCGUGAUUUUGUUGGCUAUGGUUAUUUUCACUGGUUUUGUUAUCCCUAUUCCAAAUAUGUUGGGUUGGUGCAGAUGGAUCCAAUAUAUCAAUCCUGUGUCUUAUGUCUUCGAAUCCUUGAUGGUGAACGAAUUUGCUGGAGUGGAGUACGAAUGUUCGCAGUAUAUCCCAUCUGGUCCUGGCUAUCCUCAAGUAGCGACUGAAAACAAUAUUUGUAAUGUUGUUGGUGCUGUGAGAGGUCGUGCAACUGUUUCUGGUACCGCUUUCUUGGCCAAGUCAUACGAUUACCAUAACUCUCACAAGUGGAGAAACAUUGGUAUUGUUAUUGCUUACAUUGUUGUUUUCUUGGGUGUCUACGUUUCUUUAACCGAGUUCAACAAGGGCGCUAUGCAAAAGGGUGAAAUUGUUAUUUAUUUGAAGGGCUCGUUGAAGAAAAUGAAGAAGAAAACUGAAGCAAACAAGGCUACUUCGGAUGAUUUGGAGAAUAAUCUUCCUAACGAAAAGAUUGAUUACAAGGAGGCUGCCGGCGACGAGAAUGAGAACUCUUCUUCAGAGAAGAUUGAAGAGCAAAGAGACAUUUUCCAUUGGAGAGACUUGACUUACUCUGUGAAGAUUAAGUCAGAGGACAGAGUUAUUUUGAACCACGUCGAUGGUUGGGUUGCUCCUGGUCAAGUCACUGCAUUGAUGGGUGCUUCUGGUGCUGGUAAGACUACAUUGUUGAACUGUUUGUCCGAAAGAGUCACGUCGGGUACUAUCACUGAUGGCCAGAGAAUGGUCAACGGUCAUGGAUUAGACUCUUCUUUCCAAAGAUCUAUCGGUUAUGUCCAGCAGCAAGAUAUCCAUUUGCCUACGUCCACUGUUCGUGAAGCCUUAACUUUCUCUGCUUACUUGAGACAACCAUAUUCUGUAUCAAGGGCCGAGAAGGAUGCAUAUGUUGACUACAUCAUUGACUUAUUAGAAAUGAGAGCAUACGCAGAUGCCUUGGUUGGUGUUGCUGGUGAAGGUUUGAACGUCGAGCAACGUAAACGGUUGACCAUUGGUGUUGAAUUGGUGGCUAAACCAAAAUUGUUACUUUUCUUGGAUGAGCCUACUUCUGGUUUGGACUCUCAAACUGCUUGGUCUAUCUGUAAGUUGAUGAGAAAGUUGGCCGACCAUGGCCAGGCUAUUUUGUGUACCAUUCACCAGCCUUCCGCUAUUUUGUUGAAGGAAUUCGACCGCUUAUUGUUCUUGCAAAAGGGUGGUAAGACUGUCUACUUUGGUGACUUAGGAGAAAACUGUCAGGAAUUGAUCAACUACUUCGAGAAGUAUGGCGCCCACCCUUGUCCUAAGGAAGCAAACCCAGCAGAAUGGAUGUUGGAGGUUGUCGGUGCAGCACCAGGUUCGAAGGCUCUGCAAGACUACUUCGAAGUCUGGAAAAAUUCCACUGAAUACGCUAAUGUGCAAAAGGAGUUAGACCGCAUGGAAACUGAAUUGGUGAAACUUCCAAGGGAUGAAUCGCCUGACGCUAAGUUAACCUACGCUGCACCAUUGUGGAAACAAUACUUCAUUGUGACUUGGAGAACAAUUCAACAAGAUUGGAGAACUCCAGGCUACAUUUAUGCUAAGCUCUUUUUGGUGAUCUCUUCGUCAUUGUUCAAUGGUUUCUCCUUUUUCAAAGCUGGUACCUCGCAACAAGGAUUGCAAAAUCAAAUGUUUUCGAUGUUCAUGUUUUUCAUGCCUUUCCAGACUAUGAUUCAGCAAAUGUUACCGUUCUAUAUCAAGCAAAGAGAAAUCUAUGAAGUUAGAGAAGCUCCUUCGAGAACCUUCAGUUGGGCUGCUUUCAUUUCUGCGCAAAUCACGUCAGAAGUUCCCUUCCAGAUUGCUGUCGGUACAUUGUCUUUCUUCUGUUGGUAUUAUCCUGCUGGUUUCUACAAGAACGCAGAACCUACUGAUAUGGUCAACCAGCGUGGUGCAACUAUGUGGUUACUUGUUAUUUCCUUCUAUGUCUACACCACCACGAUGGGUCAAUUGUGUGUUUCAUUUGUCGAGUUAGCUGAUAAUGCAGCAAACCUUGCAAACUUAUUGUUUAUCAUGUGCUUGAACUUCUGCGGUGUCUUGGCUGGUCCAAACUUCUUGCCUGGCUUCUGGAUUUUCAUGUACAGAUGCAAUCCGUUCACGUAUUUGAUUCAAGCCAUGUUGAGUACAGCGUUGGCGAAUACUAAAGUUGUUUGUGCUACUAGAGAACUUCUUACUUUCGACCCUACUCUGGGCAAAACCUGUGGUGAGUACAUGAAAGAUUAUAUUGCCAAGGCUGGUGGUUACUUGGUCAACGAAAGUGCGACUUCCGAUUGUCAAUAUUGUAAGAUGGCCACCACAAACGCAUUUUUGUCUUCUGUGAAUGCGAAGUACGAUCAGAGAUGGAGAAACUAUGGUAUUUUCGUUGCGUUCAUUUGCAUCAACAUCAUUUUGACUAUUUUCUUCUACUGGUUAGCCAGAGUGCCUAAGGGAACCAGACAAAAGAAGUAA